CGAGGCACAGCGAACGAGAGCGCGCUCCGACAGCUGAUGAUGCGCGCGAAUGAGCCUCGGGGUGCGCGCACUGACAGCUGAAGGUUCUUCGAGAUGACGGACACUCCGAUGGCCCAUCAUCAUCAUCAUCAGCAGCAGCAGCAUCAGCAUCCCUGAGCGCCGGGCAGCAGCAGCGUCCUCAUCCUCAUCCGUCCUCCAUGCAGCAGAGCCGCGCAGCGCCUGUCGCGUUUCUCGCCGUCCGUCCGCGCUCCUCCUCCGCCAUCCUCUGCGGCUGAAGCCGCUCCGCGCUCAUCCUCAGCUCGCCGUGUCCCGUCUCUCUCCUCCUGCAGGAUGCUGUCCUACACGGGGAUGCUCGCGCUGCUCCUCAUCCACGGGAACGUGAUGCUCCCAUACGUAUCAUCUCAGAACGCUGGGUUUGUGAAGUCGCCAAUGUCAGAGAUAAAGCUCACUGGAGACGCCUUUGAGCUGUACUGCGACGUGGUCGGUAACCCCGUGCCGGAGAUCCAGUGGUGGUAUGCCGACAUUAACAGGGCGGACUCCUUCAAGCAGCUGUGGGACGGCGCCCGCAAGCGGCGGGUGUCCAUCAACACGGCCUACGGCGCCAACGGUGUGAGCGUGCUGGCCAUCUCCCGCCUCACGCUGGAGGACGCCGGGAUCUACGAGUGCCGGGCCAGCAACGACCCGCGUCGCAACGACCUGCGGCAAAACCCGGCCAUCACCUGGAUCCGAACGCAAGCCACCAUAUCCGUGUUGCAGAAGCCACGAAUCAAUGCUUCCGAUCAGGAGAUUUUGCAGCCUAAAACGGGGCAGGAGUUGCCCAUCACCCUUCAGUGUAACCUCACGAACUCACACAGCGCCCACCAGGAAACCUUCUGGAUGAAGAACGGGCUGGAGAUUGCCAACACAAGGACGGAGCACAAACACACCAUGUUCAAGUUGAGUAAACCGAGGGCAGAUGAUUCUGGUGAAUACAUGUGCGUUUACACCUUUAAAUCGGCUCCAAAUGCCAAUGCUUCCAUUGAGGUCAAAGCUGCUCCUGAAAUCUUGGGACACAAACGAAGUGAGAACAAGAAAGAAGGAGAAAAUGCGACACUGCACUGCAAGUCUGUUGGAUUCCCGCAUCCUGUGUGGACGUGGAGAAAGAAAGUGGGCCGAGGGUCUUACAUCGACAUUGACAACAGCACUGGUCGAUUCUUCAUCACCAACAAAGAUAAUUUCACACAACUGAGUAUCAUCAGCCUGGACAUCAGCACAGACCCGGGCGAGUACGUUUGCAACGCCUCAAACAUCAUCGGAUCCAGAGAGUCCAUGACCAUCCUGCGGGUCCGGAGCCAUCUCGCCCCGCUCUGGCCUUUUCUGGGCGUCCUGGCCGAGAUCAUCAUCCUCGUGGUCAUUAUCGUGGUUUACGAGAAGCGCAAGAGGCCGGACGAGGUUCCUGAUGAUGAUGAACCAGCUGCACCAAUAAAAACAAACUCCACGAACAACCACAAAGACAAAAACGUACGACAGCGGAACACCAACUGAGCCAACGGACCAACGUAGAAGAACGCUGAAGACGACCAACUGCAUAUCCUGACCAUACGGACGUAUCCAAGGAGAGGAGACGCUCCUGGCGGUUUUCAGCGGCGCACAUCCUGCCUCACGUGGUGAAGAAAACAACAAUAACGACAGCAUUACACUGGCAGAAACGAACAAUAAAGACUGUCUUAAGUUUGCCUUAUUCAGGCUCAUGAUCUGUGUGAAUGUGGACGCUGACUGAAUCAUUCUGACGGUGGUGGUGAUGAUGAUGAUUUUACUACAUGUGCUGUUAACGUUGCAUUUCUUUCUUUUAUCAUGCCCUCCUGCUGCACUAAUUCUUUUUCAUAUCUACAUGUUGUCUCGAAUGCAUGCAAUAACAUAAUCUAAUAAGAUUCAGAUAUCGUUUUUCUAUUGUUACUUUAAAUGGCGUUGCAUCCAAAUGAAUAACUUGUGUGUGUAUGUGUGUGUGAGCGAGCGAGAGCAUAUCAGAGUGUGUGUGUGUGUGUUUUUAAAGAAAUUUAAAUGGAUAAAAAAGUAAGGAAUCAUCAAGAUCUUUGUACAGUUUAUCAUCCAAUAAUAAAAGGAGAUGUUUUGUCUUAAACUAGAAUGCAAGAACCUUUGUGAGUGGCAGAACAGUAUUUAAUCUUAAAAAGCUGAUAUUGUAUUAAAUGAAAUGGAUACAUGUAAUAACAUUUAUUUUCUAGAGUUAUUUAGACGUCUUGUAAAUGUGGUGCUGUAAGUGUUCAAAUAUUACGAUAGCAUCUGUAAAAAGAAAAAGAAUAUAUCUUUUUUUUUAAUGUUGUUUCUUUAUAGAGAAAAGAUGAUUCUUGUACAGCAUGGCUAUAAUCCUAUGCAAUAUGUAUUCAUAUAGACCUACUGACAAUUGUAAGGUGGGGUGGGUUUGUUUAAUUUCAGAGAAUAAAAAAGCUUUAAUGGGACAGUGAGAUAAGGGUGCUUCGCAUUUGAAAUGCACUGCUGUAGUUGCAUGACAACUCCUGAUCAAUACAGUGUGCGUCACCAUAACAAUGGACCAACAUACAAGGGAGGAAGUGGGUGGAGCUAAAGCCAUUACAAACUAUGUGAAACCAAUUUUCCUUUUUCAGAAUAAAGGUUCCAAAAAUA